GGUCCCCCGCCCGGAGCGCCGUACCUCGACGCCGAGGUGUUCUCGGCCUUCGCGCCGCUGCUGCGGGCCUGCGACAACUUCGCCCGCCUGACAGGAGGCCGCUACACCAAGGCCAUGUUCUCCGACCUCCGCGGGGACGGCUCGGAGGCCGACCGUGCCCGCCUCGAGGCGAUGCCGGCGGUGUCGGAGUUCGCGGAGCGCCUGGCGUCCGGGGCGGCGGGGUGCCCCGAGGAGCUGCUUCGCGACUUCCGGGCGGCGGAGAAGCUUGUGCUGCGCGAGGCCGUCUUCUGCUCGAUGGUGUCGACGUGCCGGUCCGUGGACCUGUGGCCAGCCAAGGCGGGCCUGGGCUCGAGCGACGCGGCCUACCAGGACACCAGCGAGCCCCUGGAGCGCAUCGCGCAGCGCCUGUACAACUUCACGGAGCUGAGGAGGUCGCACGGCGAG